CUCCCCGCGGUCCCUCAGCACCCUCUGGCCGACUUCGCGAAGGCUAGGGCUUGGGCGGACGAAGCACCGUGCGCAGGCGCGGAGCUAGACCUCGCCGUAGCCCCCUUCGCCUCGGGGAGUCGCAUCCACAGUGGGUCCGCUGGUCCAUCGGGCGCUUUCCCUCCUCUACCCUCCCGGGUUCCCCGCGCGCCCUCCGCGCCCCGAUGGCGGAGCUGCGGCCUAGCGGCGCCCCCGGUCCCGCCGCGCCCCCGGCCCCUGGCCCUAGUGCCCCUCCGGCCUUUGCCUCCCUCUUUCCCCCGGGACUGCACGCCAUCUACGGAGAGUGCCGCCGCCUUUACCCCGACCAGCCGAACCCGCUCCAGGUCACCGCUAUCGUCAAGUACUGGUUGGGUGGUCCAGACCCGUUGGAUUAUGUUAGCAUGUACAGGAAUAUGGGGAGUCCUUCUGCCAACAUCCCUGAGCACUGGCACUACAUCAGCUUUGGCCUGAGUGAUCUUUAUGGUGACAGCAGAGUUCAUGAGUUUACAGGAACAGAUGGACCAAGUGGUUUUGGCUUUGAAUUGACAUUUCGUCUGAAGAGAGAAACUGGAGAGUCUGCCCCACCAACAUGGCCAGCUGAGCUGAUGCAGGGCCUGGCUCGAUAUGUCUUCCAGUCAGAGAACACCUUCUGUAGCGGGGACCACGUGUCUUGGCACAGCCCUUUGGACAACAGUGAGUCGAGAAUUCAGCACAUGCUGCUGACGGAGGACCCGCAGAUGCAGCCUGUGCAGACCCCGUUCGGGGUGGUUACCUUCCUCCAGAUUGUCGGCGUCUGCACUGAGGAGCUACAUUCGGCCCAGCAGUGGAAUGGGCAAGGCAUCCUGGAACUGCUGAGAACGGUGCCCGUUGCUGGCGGUCCCUGGCUGAUAACUGACAUGCGGAGGGGAGAAACCAUAUUUGAGAUCGAUCCGCACCUGCAACAGGAGAGAGUUGACAAAGGCAUCGAGACAGAUGGUUCUAACCUGAGCGGUGUUAGUGCCAAGUGUGCCUGGGAUGACCUAAGCCGACCUCCUGAGGACGAUGAGGAUAGCCGGAGCAUCUGCAUCGGCACACAACCCCGGAGGCUCUCUGGCAAAGAUACAGAACAGAUCCGGGAGACCCUGAGGAGAGGACUCGAGAUCAACAGCAAACCUGUCCUUCCACCAAUCAACCCUCAGCGACAUAAUGGCCUCACCCACGACCGCCCCCCGAGCCGCAAAGACAGCUUAGAAAGUGACAGCUCCACGGCCGUUAUCCCCCACGAGCUGAUCCGUACCCGACAACUCGAGAGCGUGCAUCUGAAAUUUAACCAGGAAUCAGGGGCCCUCAUUCCUCUCUGCCUAAGGGGCAGACUCCUGCAUGGCCGGCACUUCACCUACAAGAGUAUCACAGGUGACAUGGCCAUCACAUUUGUGUCCACGGGAGUGGAAGGCGCCUUUGCCACUGAGGAACAUCCUUACGCAGCUCAUGGACCCUGGUUACAAAUUCUGUUGACGGAAGAAUUUGUAGAGAAAAUGUUGGAGGACUUGGAAGAUCUGACUUCUCCGGAGGAAUUUAAACUUCCAAAAGAGUACAGCUGGCCUGAAAAGAAGCUCAAAGUCUCCAUCCUCCCCGACGUGGUGUUCGACAGCCCGCUGCACUAGCCUGGGCUAGGCCCCACGGGGGCCAACCCAGUGACUUCAGUGUGACCGCAGUGUAAAGGAGACUCCCGUGAAUAAAAGGACAAGGGUGAGGAUGACUGCCAAGUGCUGCACCCACCACAGGCCCCACCUCACCUCCAGGUCAGGGGCCUCACUCCCAGCUGCCAAGCCCAUGUGACCAGACCCCUGUCCUGCAUGCCAGUGAGUGAGGCUGCAGCUGUAGAGGUCCCCACCCACCUGCUGCUGCCACAGGUUUGACUGAUGUGCUGCGGGGAAGGACAUCCUUGUCACACAGCCAGGUGUGCAGAGCACACAUGUGGACGCACUGCCCAGUUCUACCCCAGCGAGCCUUCGCGGUCAGGCUGCUCCAGCCUGUGGAACGAUUGCUCCUUCAAGAUUGUUUUUGCCUUCCUUAGUCUGUUGUGGAAACCGGAUGGUAUUUUUAUUGCUCAGCAGAGAUGGCCCAGAAGCCAUGUACAUAGAGGUUUUUAAACAGGACUUCAUUCCUAGAUGAACUUCAUCAUUCUCUUAGACAGGGGUCUGGGGGCUCUGCCUCCCCCACACCAUCUGCCCAAGAAGGUGCCUGGUGCUGCCUGUCAGCUCUGAGCCCUGGAGGAACCUGGGAUAGGGAACAGCUGACACAGUCUCUGCACAGCCCCGCCUGGGGCCAGAUAUGCCAUGGCCUAGAAGGGGUGCCACUGCCUUCCAAAUGAACUAGGCUUCUACAAGGCUGUGGGGACUUUAGGGACUCAAGGACAUGGAGUGAUGGUCCUAGCUAUGUCUUCCAGUCCUUUUGUACCCAGCCAGGCCCGCCAAGGAGAGGGUAGAGCCCAUUGCCCCUCGUCCUACUCCUCAGGACCUCCAGCUCUUUGAGUCCCCUGUCACCUGCAUUCCCAGCCCCCUGGGCUGUGGGACUCUAGCUUAUUAAAAACUGAAGAAUCAGCCUCUCAAGGUCCCUUUGCUGUCAUUUUGCUGGCUGCUCUCUGUGGCCCCAUCCUUCCCACAUCCCUUCCUUACUUCUCAUCUCAUUGUUGCCUUUUCCUAUAGCCUGGCCCCUUGUAUGGGGAUCAUUCUCUCACCCCAGAACUGUAGAUCUCUACACCUCCCAAGAGCCAGCCUGUCUCUGGCCACGUUGAAACAGGGUUUCUCUGUGUAACAGCCCCUGUCUGUGCUGGAACUCACUCUGUAGACCAGGCUGGCCACUCAGCUUCUUCAUUCUUUAAGUUCUGAUCUCUCCAAAGGAAAGACAUUUUUUUUCUGUCAGGGAUCUUGCAAGAGUUCUACCACUCUGCUUCCACCACCUCUAAUGGGUACCGCCAGGGUACCCCAGGAGGCCCAGAGGUCAGCAGCCAAAGAGUUGCUCCCAGGGGCUGGAGGGAGCAGGAAUUACCCUUUCAAGGAAGGCCCCUUCUACAUAGCCCAAAUCUAAGCAGCUCCAAGGCCAGCACUUGGGGGCAGACCCAUCUGGAGCCACUGAGAGACUGGCUUCAGGCCCCCACCAGCUAGGAUUCAAGCCUCUCUGGAGUAGACACCAUGCUGCCCUGGGACUUUUCCUUUUCUAAUUUUUUUGGUUUUUCGAGACAGGGUUUCUCUGUAGCUUUUGGAGCCUGUCCUGGAACUGAACUAGCUCUUGUAGACCAGGCUGGCCCCGAACUCACAGAGAUCCUCCUGCCUCUGCCUCCCGAGUGCUGGGAUUAAAGGUGUGCUCCACCACCGCCCAGUGGGACUUUUCCACAAGGACACUUCCAACCUUAACUUUUUAAAGCUCUUGUCUUCUGAAAGUUUAUGGGCCAAGAGAUGCUCUCAGUUUGCCUCUAUCCCUUGCUGUCUUACCCAGUGUGGUAAAGGUUCCCUUCCCCCAUUCUCCCGGAGACCUACCUAAGGACCCACUGCUGCAUUCUGCCCUCCCUUAGCCUGGCUUGGGGGCGAGAAUGCAAGCUAUGUGAGACUCCUGGUCAACUGCUUGCCCUAGGCCUGCAAGGUCUUUGCCACCACCUGCUUGGUGGCCCCAUUCUUAAGGAACAGGGAAUGGUAGGUAAGCUCCAAAUGAGAUGUCUCCAGGGCCUGAGGUCUCUCCUGCCCCCAUCCUGUCAGGAACCUCAGGAAUGUCUACAAUCCUGCUGGGGCCAGGUCUCCCUCGCUAAGCUCCCUUAGUUUAGCGCAGCAGGCUCUCAGCCUGGGGUGACCAGGCCUCCUUUCCCUUGGGCUCCAGUUUCUUCCAGAGGGAUCUCAGGGAACAGGUUUGCCAUUAGGCUGCUGCUUGGGAAGGAGAGACCCUAACACGGAUGGAGCAAGACUCAUCAUGAUGGGGGCCCUUUCCUUCCCUCUCUAUAGCCUAAUGGGGCUGUUAACCCAUCCUGAAGAGGGGUUCGGGAAUCUGUCCCAUCAUGUCCUCCCUCUUCUGCAGACUUCCUCCAGGCUGUCCCCAUCCUUUGACCUUCUAGGUCCUCAGGACCAGAGCUUCUGAAAGGAAGGACCUUUGCCCUCCUAUUAAUUAACUAAUACUUCCCCAGGCCCGUGUAGGCCACCGAGGGUGGCGAUGCCGGCUGCCAUGCUGGGGAACAAUGUUUUCCUCUUGCAAGUGUGACAGCUGCAACAGGGCUUGUGGAGGCCUUGGGGAGCCUUUAAGGACCAGGACAUCUGCAGUCCAGACCCUGGGUCCUGGGACUGAGUUUUGAGAUUGAGUCCAGAGCAGGGAGAGAGCCUGAAGUUUGUGCCCCUAUGGGGCGGACCAGCCCAUUACUCCCUGAACUGUAUUUUUUUAACUUGGUCUUCCCUCUCUGGCUUCCAUGAUCUCGGUGCCAGGUGAGGUGUCUGGGUCCCUGUUACAAGUCAGGAGCCCUGUAAGGAGACCCCUUCUUUUGUACAAAGAUCCUAAAUGUUGCAAUGAGCAGACUUUUGUACAUUUUUAUAUUAGUUUUUAAUGUCAGAGGCGACUCGGCUCCUGGGGCUACAGCUGGCUCAGGACUUUUGUAAGAAUUUUUGAGUGACUCACUUAGAUUUUGUUCCCACUUAUCCCUCUUCCUCUGUGUAAUCUAAGUGCAUUAAACAUAUCUGCAGAAGCA